UCUCACACUCACUCCUGGUUAGUCCUCUGGCCACAAACUGCUCUCAUCCGUCAGCUGAAGGAGCGCUACAUUCGUUCAUCUGUCCGUCUUUCUUGGAUUUUGCUUCAAGUCGUCUCAAGGCCACAUUCUGCAGCUCAAGUUGGAGAACCACACACGCACACAUACACACACACACACUCACAAACAAACACACGAAAAGACAACUGGAAGACAUCUGGACCGGUUCAAAGCACCUGACACACAAACACCUUCUCCUGCGUCAGGCCGCCGAAGAAGAGAACGGAGGCUGCUGAGGAAGAGGAGAGCAGCCACUUCAUCCACGUCGUCCACCCUACAUCAGGGUGCUCCAUUGAUCGGUCGGGUUCGCCUGCAGCCACUUCCUUGUGACGGCUGAAUUAAAAUUCCUGCUGAGAGACAAAUAAAUAAAUAGAAAGUCUGCGCUGAGCCGUCAUGGCGGACUGGAGCCUGCUGGGAAACUUCCUGGAGGAAGUGCAGGAGCACUCGACCUCCGUUGGCAAGGUGUGGCUGACCGUCCUCUUCAUCUUCCGCAUCCUGGUGCUCGGGACGGCCGCCGAGUCUUCCUGGGGAGACGAGCAGGAGGACUUCAACUGCGACACCGAGCAGCCGGGCUGCGAGAACGUUUGCUACGACCGAGCUUUUCUCAUCGCCCACAUACGAUACUGGGUGCUGCAGAUCGUGUUCGUGUCCACUCCCAGCCUCAUCUACAUGGGCCACGCCAUGCACACCGUCCGCAUGGAGGAGAAGAGGAGGAGCCGGGAGGAGGAGGACGGGGACGGGGGGGAGAGGCAGGAGGACCCGGGAGGGGGCGGAGGGGAUGGAGGAGGAGAGAAACACGGGAGGAAAGGAGAGAAGGACAGAGGAAAGGAGGAAAGCAGAGACGGUCAGGCGGCAGGUCGAGUGCGUCUGAGGGGCGCGCUGCUGCAGACGUACGUCCUGAGCAUCCUGCUGCGGAGCGUCAUGGAGGUGGUGUUCCUGCUCCUCCAGUACUUCAUGUACGGCGUCUUCCUCAACCCUCUGUAUGUCUGCAAGGCCUGGCCGUGUCCUCAUCCAGUGAACUGUUACGUCUCCAGGCCGACGGAGAAGAACGUCUUCAUAGUGUUCAUGAUGACCGUGUCCGCCGUCUCCCUGCUCCUCAGCGUGCUCGAGCUGCAUCACCUGGCGUGGAGACACUGCUGCAGGCGUCAUUUCUCAAGAGCGAAGGCCGUCACUCUAGCCAACGCCUCGCUGGCCCGUCAGCUCUCUGUGCCCCCCCCGCUGCCGCCCACCCCUCCCCCGGACUUCAACCAGUGCGUGAUGGGCUCCUCCCACUUCCUGCCGCUCCCUUUCCCCAACCACCGCCUCGCCGACCAGCAGAACUCCGACAACAUGGCCGCCGAGAAGAACAAAAUGGCCGCUGCCGCCGCAGAGGAGGUGACCCUCCUCCAGAUGAGCCGCUACUCACCCGCGUGGCCCGCGGCGGGCGGCGGUCAGAUCCAAGAUGGCGGAUACCUGAGGACCGGCGACGGGGAGACGGGCGGGGGUCACAGGGACCGACGGAGGUUCAGCAGGACGAGCGGAACGAGCAGCCGGACCCGAGCCGACGACCUCUCGGUUUAGAGGUCACGCUCAGGACAUCGUCCUCGUUGAAGAACGGACCCUCUGUUGUCACAUCAGGACCAAAGUCUCAAGCAACGCGCGAUAAAAAAGAAGUUACAUUAUUCAUGCGUUUCACAAAAAAAUGCGUGCAGUCUUUUCAAAGUAAACUACUCAGUUAUCUUUAGGCAACAAAAUGAUUUAACUAACUUUGUGAAUUUUGUUUGUUUGUAAACGACUGGGCCUCACGUCCCUCUCGGACGUCCCACAUGGAGGGGAACUUGUUUGACUACUGACACUUUUAACACUUUUUUUUUGGUGUACUUGAUUUAUGUUAAUGUCUCAUCGUGAC